AUUGUGCGGUGGGGAAGAGGGAUGGAUUUGUAAACCCUGGAGCGAGGUUCUGCCUACCUGAGGGCGCUACUGUACGGAGACCCUGGAUGAAGCCACCAUCACCAUGUCUGACCAGGAGGCAAAACCUUCAACUGAGGACUUGUGGGAUAAGAAGGUAGGAGAACACAUUAAACUGAAAGUCAUUGGACAGGAUAGCAGUGAGAUUCAGUUCAAAGUGAAAAUGACAACACACCUCAAUAAACUCAAAACAUCAUACUGCCAAAGACAGAGUGUUCCAAUGAAUUCACUCAGGUUUCUCUUUGAAGAUCAGAGAAGUGCUGAUAAUUACACUCCAAAAGAAAUUGGAAUGGAGGAAGAUGUGAUUGAAGUUUAUCAGGAACAAUGA